AAAGAAGCAAGAAAUUGAUACUCUUGAAAAGAAAGGAAGAUACAAAACUGCAAUCAGACGGCAAGAAUCGUUGUCGACAUUGGAACAACUUCUAGAAUUAGUCGAUAAAAUUAAAUUACUAGAGCCAUUGCAGUCAUUCGAUACUCAAGAAGAACUAAAAGCAACCUUGAUUAAAGGACUUUUAGAACACGAUAUGAGCGACGAGAAAGAGUUAGAAGACGAGAUUAAAAAAAGGAAACAAGAAAUUGAGACUCUUGCAGACAACGGAAAGCAUGAAACUGUAAGAAGGCGACGAAAUUCGUUAUCAGCAUUAGAAGAACUUCAAGUAUUGAUGAAUAGGAUCAAAGAUUUACAAAAUCGUAAGUUAAGUGUGAGUAGUGAAAUUUCUCCAUAUGGCGAGGGAGCUUCUGACAAUUCAUAUAAUAAUAAAAACCUCUGUGGAAGACAAGAAGGAGAUACGAUAAUGAAAGAACAUGUAAAAAACUUAUACAAUGACUUCUGUAUGAUGCCACCAUGUACAGAAAAAUCCAUCAUUCAUCUUCUCUUUUUUAUUGCUUUGAAGUUAAAUGAUGAGGCCAUUAUUAUUUCAGAGAAUAACAUGAUAAUAGUUGAUGAGAUAGAGACUGAAAUUGUAAAAGAAUUUGAACUUUUCAACGAACGAAUAAAUAUCGAAAAUAUACAAAGUACACAGGUAGAAAAUCUUAUAGGAACAGUAUCCGUUCAUAUAAAAGAUCACAAUUGGAAAUCAGCCUCUAGCACUUUAGAAAAAAUUUUGAAGUUUAUUAGACCGUUCAAUAUAUCAGAAUUGUUUAGACUUUUUGACCAAAUUAAUGAAAGAGCACGCUUGAUAAAAGAUGAAGACGUCAUUCUUUUGCUUGGAAAAACCGGAGUAGGAAAAUCAACCACAAUUCAUUUCUUUGGAGGAUCUGAAUUGAGGGAAGUAAAAGUAACAGGAUUAAAUCAUAUUCAUCCUGUUGAAAUAAGAAAUCCAGAUCUAAAACAGAUUAUCACUACACCCUAUUCUCGAUCUGAAACUCGAUGCAUCACACCCGUUAGGGUUUAUUUUAAAGAUGUUGGUGGAUAUUCUAAUGAAAGCAUUAUAAUAUGUGAUACUCCAGGAUUCGAGGAUACUAAUGGACCAGAAGUAGAUAUUGCAAAUGGAAUUGGUAUUGUUAAAGCAAUAAAAGGUAGUAAAAGUGUUAAGCCAGUUGUCAUAAUUAGUUAUAAGAGUAUCGGUGACAAACUUGAGGGUAUAAAAGAUUUAGCUAAUACAUUAAUUAAAUUGAUUCCAAAUAUUGGAGAUCAUCUCAAAACAUUUUCAUAUAUUUUUACGAAAUUCCCCUCCGAUAAAAUACAUGGAAUAUGUAAAUUACUAACAAAUGCCGAAGAAACACUGAAUGAAGAUGGAAAAUCAGAUAUUUCUCUCAGACAGUUGUUUAAAGAUAUGAUAAAUAAAACGAGACAAGGAGCACGAACUUUAGACCCAAUGAAGAAUGAUGCUUUUGAGAUUCUCCAUGAACUAGUAGAGUCUGAUACUAUUACCCAUCCGAAUGAAGUUUUUCAAUUUUUCAUUACAGAAAAAUCAAAAUCUAUCCUGCAAGAACAAGUGAGAAGACAUCAGUUAAGUAUCAUAUCCGCCACUAACCGUUCCGAUUAUUUACUCGUUAAGUAUAAACUUGGUCAAUUAAAAGGCUUAGAUGAUAUACUUGAGCAAGAAUACAUCAGACAAAUUUGCAAUGAUUGUGUUCGAUAUGUAAUUAGACAUCUUUCUGAAGAAUAUGAACAAAGUAUUCAAAAAUUAAACCACUGCUUAUUGAGUGAAGCAAUUUUGUGCAACGAAGAUUUGAAACAAUAUCAAACAUGCAUUGAUCAUGCUAAGUUAGCAGAUGACUUAAGAGAGGAUCACGUAGGAAAUGAGGUAGUUCACAGCAUUGCAUUUAUACAAAACGUAAACCAGCAGAUCGAAGCCAUAACCACAGAAGUAAGAGAAAAAGAAAUUAAUGAUCCACUAGUAAAAAUAUAUCUGGAUAAAAUAAAACUUGUCUCAAGUUCAUUUUCAGAUAUUGAUCAAGAUAAAUAUAAAAGUAUUCGUCAGAUUAUAGCUGAAAAAAUCAAAUCUGUAACUAAAUCUUUCAAAAGUUCAGUUUUAGCGAAUAAAUUUGAUGAGAGUGCCAAGGAUAUUGCAAAGCUACAUGAAGCAUUAACUGUUUUACAAGAUUAUUUAGAUUACGGAGAGGGAGCAAAAUAUGUUCAGUUGAAAGAAUUUUUUCUUAACUAUUUGAAUGAUUCAAUAGAUAGGUUAAGUCAUAUAUUUGAUCGAGAAAAAUUACAAAAAGAUGAUAUUGAUAGUCUAAACAGUUGUAUUUAUAUGUUAGAAAUUGCUAAGGAUACACUCGCUCUGCAACCACACAUCCCCAAAGAAGCAAUCGAUAAUAUUUAUGAAAGUCUUUUAUCAAGAAUUUUGAACUACUUCGACCAGAUUCUGAAUAAAAUUAAUGCAGAAUUUAAAAAUGAAAAUGCAUUUCAUGCAUUCGAACAAUUCCUAUUAGAAUUAGAUUCACUUAGGAAAAUUUCUAUCAUUGAACUUAAAACAAACCGAUCCUAUUAUGCUACAUUAGAAAACAUAAUUGAAUACUUACAUAAUUCAAAAAGAGAUAUUGAACAAUUAUUGAGAGUUUUAUUUCAACAAGAAGAAAAACUGAAGUAUAAUAAGAUUACAAAGUGUCUCCUAAGUCUAAAGAGUUCUCAAUGGAUAGAAAAUUAUCGCGUUGGAGAAUACUCCAGUGUGAUGAACGAUAUUAAAGAACAAUUUAUAGAUCAUAUGAAAGAGAUGAAAAACUCUGUCAUGCAAAUGACUUUAGGCCUUGAUGAUUACAAGGAAAUCGACUCUACAUAUAAGAUGAUACUAAAAAUUAAUAAAAUGAAAGAAUUCGAGAUAAUUUUUACCGAUAUAAAUCAUUACUUAGUUGAAGUUAACUCUUGGUUUGAAAGUGUCGUAAAGAAUACUUUUUCUACUAUUAAAGACUCAUUUACCAUAGAAAAAUGGAAGGAACAAGAAUAUAAAAAUUGUGAAUUCAAUAAAGUUGAACAAGCAUUUCAUUACUUGGAUGCUUGUAAAAAGUUCCCUAUUUUAUCGAAUAACGAAUGCCUGUCUGUACUCAAUGGCUUGGAAGAAUGUAUUAGAUAUUAUAGUAAAUUUGUUGAAAAUGAAAUGGAAAUUUCUUUUGAACAUAUCAAAGAGUUUCAAGCCAAUAACCCAGGCGAAAUAUAUAAAAAUAUUGGUACACUAUCAACCCGUCUUCAAGAAGUUUAUGAAAUUGAAACAAAGCAUUCUCGAACUCUUUCUUGCUUUGUAAAUCAAAAACUAUUUCAAAAAUGGCAACACGAAUUAUCAGAUUACCUGACUGAAUUAUCACAUGAAAUGGAAAAAUUGUGUAUCAUACAACAAACUAUUUCGUUGAAAGAUAAGUUAGUAGUUGUAAAGGCAUUAAGUAAAUUAGAUAAUAUUUUAGAAGGUGGAAAGUACUUCGAUAUAUAUCUUAAAUAUCGAAACGUAUAUUGUAUAAAAGUUAAAGAUAUUUCUGAAAAAAUAUUAAAUGCUAUUCAAAACUACGAAUAUGAGCAAAUCACUAGUGAAAUGAUAACAUUAAAGUUAUCUGGUGAUAUAGGAGAACAUUUUUUUGAAAACAAUAAACAGUCGCUUAAUAAAAGUUUAGUCAACCUAAUAGAAGAAACUCAAACUCAAACAAUAAUGUUAGGAAAUCAUUUCGAAAUAGAUAAAAUAAAAACCAUUGUCGGAAAUUUAAAACGAAUACAAAAAGCAAAGGAUUUUGUGUCGGUAUAUAUUGAUACACCAGAUGAACUAUGUGGAAAUGUAGCACAAAUCUCAUCGAUGCUUGAACAUCGAUUAAAAUGCUUAUUAGAUGAAACUCAAGCACUUGUCUAUAUCAAUAAUUUUUACGAAGCCGAAAAAAAACUAGAAUUCAUAAGUAUAGUACGUACUUUAUUGGGUAAUUAUUGUACGAAACAGAUUUCUGAUGAGGUAGAAUUAAUCAAAGAGCGUCGAUAUGAAAUUGUAUCCGAUGAAAUAGUUGCAAAAUAUUCAAAUAUGGAUAUUGAUAAAUAUAUAUUAAAUCCACCAAUCGAUCUAUUUGAAAAACUCGUACAAGUUAAAAACAUAAAUCCAAUAUAUACUCAAGCUUUAAAUAAAUUAAGAGAAAAUAUUAUCAAUAAAUUUAGACAAGAGUUAGAAUUAGCAAAGUCAGUGAGACCACUAAACCAAAGUAAUAUUCAUAUAAGAAAGUUUGAAUCUUCUGUUAAACAUCUACCAGAAACGAUGAAAGAUGUCCUCGAGGUUGAAUUGAAACACUGUAAGGAAGAUAUCGAUUCUAUGAUGAAAACUAAUAAAAAUUAA